AUGAGUUGUGUAUUUUGUAAGCCAAAUGCAAAACUGAAGUGGUUUAAAAGCAAAAUGGAAAUAUUCCAUAGUCAUAAACAUCAUUUUGAAGUAGAAGAUAAUAAAUAUACAUUGAUAAUUAAUAAUGUAAAAUUAGAAGAUGGUGGAAAGUAUACUUGUCAGUGUAAUAAAGAAACUACAUCAGCAUGGUUAUAUGUGGAAGAUCCUGAAUGGGAAUUCAUGAAGAAAUUAGAAGAUGUUGAAGCUGUAGAAAGAGAAAAGGCUAUAUUUGAAUGUGAUGUUAGUGAUCCUGAAGCUGAAGUAUCAUGGUUUAGAGAUGAAAAGGAAUUAAAAUCAGGUGGAAAAUAUGAAUUUAUAAAAGAUAAUUUAAAACGACGUCUAGUUAUAAAGAAUUGCAAUAUAAAAGAUGAUGGUAAAUAUAGCUGUAAAAUGUUGGGACAGGAGACCUCUGCUAAUUUGUUUGUUGGACGUAAGUAUAAAAAUCUCAUUCAUUAA